GUUGCAUAAAGAACACAGAUGAGAGCUUGCAUUCCGUGCUUAAAAGGAUGCCGUGUCUCCCCCAGUGAUCCCCUCCUGCGAUCUCUUUCCCAGUCACUUUGAGUCUGGCCUAACCGAAGUCUGAGGUUAUGAAGUCGAUCCUAGAUGGCCUUGCAGAUACCACCUUCCGCACCAUCACCACAGACCUCCUCUACGUGGGCUCGAAUGACAUCCAGUACGAAGACAUCAAAGGCGACAUGGCAUCCAAAUUAGGGUACUUCCCACAGAAAUUUCCUUUAACUUCUUUUAGGGGCAGUCCCUUCCAAGAAAAGAUGACUGCAGGAGAUAACGCCCAGUUAGUCCCAGUAGACCCGGGAAACAACAUUACAGAAUUCUACAACAAGUCGCUCUCAUCCUACAAGGAGAAUGAGGAGAAUAUCCAGUGUGGGGAGAACUUCAUGGACAUGGAGUGCUUCAUGAUUCUGAACCCCAGCCAACAGCUGGCCAUCGCCGUGCUGUCCCUCACACUGGGCACCUUCACGGUUCUGGAGAACCUGCUGGUGCUCUGUGUCAUCCUCCACUCCCGUAGCCUCCGCUGCAGGCCUUCCUAUCACUUCAUUGGCAGCCUGGCAGUGGCAGACCUUCUGGGGAGUGUCAUUUUCGUCUACAGCUUCGUUGACUUCCACGUGUUCCACCGCAAAGAUAGCCCCAACGUGUUUCUCUUCAAACUGGGCGGGGUCACAGCCUCCUUCACUGCCUCUGUAGGCAGCCUGUUCCUCACGGCCAUCGACAGGUACAUAUCUAUUCACAGGCCCCUGGCCUAUAAGAGAAUCGUCACCAGGCCCAAAGCCGUGGUGGCCUUUUGCCUGAUGUGGACCAUCGCGAUUGUAAUUGCUGUGCUGCCUCUCCUGGGUUGGAACUGCAAGAAACUGCAAUCUGUCUGCUCAGAUAUUUUCCCACUGAUUGAUGAAACCUACCUGAUGUUCUGGAUCGGGGUCACCAGCGUGCUGCUGCUGUUCAUUGUGUACGCAUACAUGUAUAUUCUCUGGAAAGCUCACAGCCACGCAGUCCGCAUGAUUCAACGUGGAACUCAGAAAAGCAUCAUCAUCCACACGUCAGAGGAUGGCAAGGUACAGGUGACCCGGCCGGACCAAGCCCGCAUGGACAUUAGACUGGCCAAGACCCUGGUCCUGAUCCUGGUGGUUUUGAUCAUCUGCUGGGGCCCUCUGCUCGCGAUCAUGGUGUACGAUGUCUUCGGAAAGAUGAACAAGCUCAUUAAGACGGUGUUUGCCUUCUGCAGUAUGCUCUGCCUGCUGAACUCCACCGUGAACCCCAUCAUCUAUGCUCUGAGGAGCAAGGACCUGAGACAUGCUUUCCGGAGCAUGUUCCCCUCAUGUGAAGGCACUGCGCAGCCUCUGGAUAACAGCAUGGGGGACUCGGACUGCCUGCACAAGCAUGCGAACAACACAGCCAGUGUUCACAGGGCUGCAGAAAGCUGCAUCAAGAGCACGGUCAAGAUCGCCAAGGUGACCAUGUCUGUGUCCACAGACACGUCCGCCGAGGCUCUGUGAGCCUGAUGCCUCUCUGGCAACACAGGA